GGGUAGGGGCGCCCCGAUAACCAGCCUCAUUUAUAUACUCUGCCUGCCGCGCUCGCCGACAUUCCACGAAGUGAGCUCGAGCAGUGGUGUUGUGCAGCAUUUACCGAGGCUGUGCAAUAGCAACUUAAUUUAUUUAUUUAUUAGGACUAUUUAAUUAAAAACUAAUUCAAAAUGUGCGACGAGGAAGUUGCUGCGCUGGUAGUAGACAAUGGAUCCGGUAUGUGCAAGGCCGGGUUCGCGGGCGACGAUGCGCCCCGUGCCGUGUUCCCAUCCAUCGUGGGCAGGCCGCGCCACCAGGGCGUCAUGGUCGGCAUGGGACAGAAGGACUCGUACGUAGGUGACGAGGCCCAGAGCAAGAGAGGUAUCCUCACGCUCAAGUACCCCAUCGAGCACGGCAUCGUCACCAACUGGGACGAUAUGGAGAAGAUCUGGCACCACACCUUCUACAACGAGCUGCGUGUGGCGCCCGAGGAGCACCCCGUGCUGCUGACGGAGGCCCCCCUCAACCCCAAGGCCAACAGAGAGAAGAUGACACAGAUCAUGUUCGAGACGUUCAACACGCCCGCCAUGUACGUCGCCAUCCAGGCUGUGCUGUCCCUGUACGCGUCCGGUCGUACCACCGGUAUCGUGCUGGACUCCGGCGACGGUGUCUCGCACACCGUGCCCAUCUACGAGGGUUACGCGCUGCCGCACGCCAUCCUGCGUCUGGACUUGGCCGGCCGCGACCUCACAGACUACCUGAUGAAGAUCCUCACCGAGCGCGGCUACUCGUUCACCACCACGGCCGAGCGUGAGAUCGUGCGCGACAUCAAGGAGAAGCUCUGCUACGUCGCCCUCGACUUCGAGCAGGAGAUGGCCACCGCCGCCUCCAGCAGCUCCCUGGAGAAGUCCUACGAACUUCCCGACGGACAGGUCAUCACCAUCGGUAACGAACGAUUCCGUUGCCCUGAGGCUCUCUUCCAGCCCUCAUUCUUGGGUAUGGAAGCUUGUGGCAUCCACGAGACCACUUACAACUCGAUCAUGAAGUGCGAUGUCGACAUCCGUAAGGACUUGUACGCCAACACAGUGCUGUCCGGAGGUACCACCAUGUACCCUGGUAUCGCCGACCGUAUGCAGAAGGAGAUCACAGCCCUGGCCCCGUCCACAAUGAAGAUCAAGAUCAUCGCGCCCCAGAGGAAGUACUCCGUAUGGAUCGGUGGAUCGAUCCUCGCCUCCCUCUCGACCUUCCAGCAGAUGUGGAUCUCGAAACAGGAGUACGACGAGUCUGGCCCCUCUAUUGUGCACAGGAAGUGCUUCUAAGCGAGCCGCGACACGCUGCCGACAGCAGCCCGCGGCCCGGCCGGUCCCGCGGCCGGCUGCUCAAUUCAGGCUUGUAAUCUCCGUUAAUUUAAUUGUACGUAAGAUAUUAUUGUAAUUAAAUCGUAAUAGUGACGGCAGGACGGAGCGCGGCGCCGCGGGCGCGCUACGACCGCCGGCCUCGGUACUGCACUCGCCAAAGGAUCUUUUGUAAUCUCAUGAAUGAUGAUUGUAUGUGCUGAAACGGAUAAGACUACUUUCUUACUAGGUCAUUUAUAAAUUAUAAAAAAUGAUGAAAAUACAAAAAAAAAUCUGAAAAAUU